GAUUAUAAAGAGGAGUGAUGAGGACUGUGAUAGAUUGGAAAAUACCUCUUAAAAGGCAACGAAAAAAAGCAAAAAUCAAGAUACAUUGUAACAGCCAAACAGAGAGUCAAAUUUGGCCGGAAGCUUACCAACGUAUGUUUGUUUAUGCCAGUUAUCUCUGUAACAAUAGCAGUAGGAGAGGAGCAGUGUAAUGACAGUAGAAAUCGCUAACAAUUUCUGACAGCUUACUCUGUGUCAGGCACAUGCAUCAUCUCCUUCUGCCCCCACAAUAAAAUAAAUACUCUUACUAUCCCAUCUCAGGAUAAAACGGAGGCUUAGAGAGGUUAUUUGCCCGCGUCCCAGAGACAGUAAGUGGCAGGGUCAAAGCCAGGUUUGUCUGACUCUGGGUCUUGAGCUCUGUGAUGUGUUUUGAUUUUAGGCCACAGAACUUGGAAUUGCAUUGGGUAGGAAGAAAAUCGCCAGGCAGUGGUUAAGCUACUCAGUGUUGGCACCGGCCAGCUUUGUGACCUUGGAGGAGGCAGCCAAGCCUGGGAGAAAGGGCAGUGUUCUUGGUCCGAGAGGAAGAGGAAACGGCAGGAUCAGGUCUUUAGCGGCGUGGCCAGGCUGGAGAGAAGUUUUCACCAGGUGCCUGGGGAGGGGAUUAAAGAGAGAAAUAGUUCCCGUGAGGUGCACACGGUGUGCUUGGGAGUGUGGGGUGUGUGUGGCAUGUAGAAGUGGAAAAUCAGACCCAAUGGAAGUUCAGUAGGAGCUUGUAAUGUAGGUGUUGGCAGAUGUGGGUAAGGGCUGCGGGGAUACUGUGUACCCUUGAUUUAACAGUGCAUGAGGGACUAACUGGAGUUGUAGAAUAAAGAACUAACACGUAUGGGGCCUGAGAUUUAACCCAGGGCUUCCUGUUAUAAUACGCUUUAAAACUAAGUGAGGUUUUCGGCUCGGUGGAGGGGACAGACUUCUCUCCGCUGUCUUUUGUUCAGUUGUCUCAGCAGGCUCCCACUCACUGGCCUCCGAGUGGGUUUUCUGGGGCAUAGUGGAUCUCUAUCAGGCUCGCUGGCAUUUCCCGUGAUAUUUAGUAGAAAGAGAGUCAUAAAGAAAGAAUCCUGACAAACCCGAGGUGGUUGAAUUAACCAGCACAACCCAAAUAUUCGACUGUUAACACAGCACCUUUCAACAAACAAGCCACUGACUUGUUGCGCACUGUAGCUCUCAAAGCCUCUCUGUCUAAGUGACUCGAACUCAAGGAAAUGAAAAGUAAAGCCAGGCUAUUCCUAACCGGCAGCACGUGGACAUGAACCUUAGGAAACAGAGCAGCCUCUGUGAGAGGCUCAUCUGCAUAAACCUCACAGGCCCCUAAAAAUAAUUUUUAAAAUUAUAUAUGAAAAAAAUUAAAGGGCUAUAUCUUGACUCCCUUCCCCCUCCCCCCCGGAAAAUGUGAAUAUACUAUUUAAAAAAAAGAUAGGUUAAGAUUGAUGAAUAGAGUUUGCUUUCUGCAGCCUGAAGACUUAAAUAGACACUGAAGGAGGAGGAAGCAAACUUAGUUGCAAGAAACCUAAUACCUCCUAGAAGAAGGGGGGCAGAGGUGGGACCAAAAAUAGAGCAAGAGUUGGGUCCAGGGAAAGCCCUUUUGUUGAGUUGUUUCAUUGGCUUUAAAUGAUCACUUUCCUAGAAGCAAUAAGAAAAACUGGUCCCGUUUGUUUUCACAGAGUUGGGGAGAAAAUACUUAUGUAAGCAGCUCCUGUUUGCAAUGUUUCCAUCUGGAAUAUCAUUUAAGAAUUUGGCCAGAUCUCAAGUGAUUUAUGUUUAGUAAACAAGAUUAUCCUCAGCUUCCCACUGCGAGAGAGCACAUGGUUUGGGGUUUAGUUGCUGUUUUGCAGCCUCUUUUAAUUGCUUGUGCAAGGUAAUACUGCACUAACCUCCGUUAUUUCUCUCCAGUGUUCGGGUUGUGACAGUGGUUUCUGAAGCAAGAAACCAGAACAGUGGUUGACGUUAGAAUGGCUUAAAAUUUUAAAAGUCUUCCUGGAGUUUCCAGCAGUGCCAAGUGUUGGAGAAAUUUUUUUCUGUCCCUCUGAUAGUGAAGUGAUCAAAAACAACCCCGCAGGAGGCGAGUGAAGAGUGGUCACAGGUUUUGGAAGGUGACAAUGAAAUGUGAAGAAGUUACAUUUCUAAUGUGAUACUUGAAAGUUAGUGACUGCUUGCGAAAUUUUGAUGAAAAUUAAAUAUGACUUAGAAGCAUUGCUUUAUGAAGGUUUAUGAUGUCAUCGGUUGCGACUGAACACAAACUCCAGCAGGCUGUGAGCCUGCAGGGAGUUGACCCAGAAACAUGCAUGAUUGUAUUUAAAAACCACUGGGCGCAGGUUGUGAAGAUCUUAGAGAAGCACGACCCCUUGAAGAACACCCAGGCAAAAUACGGGUCCAUCCCUCCAGACGAGGCCAGUGCAGUGCAGAAUUAUGUAGAACACAUGCUCUUCUUGCUGAUUGAAGAACAAGCCAAGGACGCUGCCAUGGGGCCGAUUCUGGAAUUUGUGGUCUCUGAGAACAUAAUGGAGAAACUCUUCCUUUGGAGCUUGAGGCGGGAGUUUACUGAUGACACCAAAGUCGAGCAGCUAAAGAUGUACGAGAUGCUGGUCACCCAGUCGCACCAGCCUCUGCUGCACCACAAGCCCAUCCUGAAGCCCCUGAUGAUGCUGCUGAGCUCUUGUUCGGGAACAGCCACCCCCGCUGUGGAGGGGAAGCUGGUUGUCCUGCUCAACCAGCUCUGUUCCAUCCUUGCCAAAGAUCCGUCCAUCCUGGAACUCUUCUUCCACACGAGUGAGGACCAAGGGGCGGCCAAUUUCCUCAUCUUCUCCCUUCUAAUUCCCUUCAUUCACCGAGAGGGGACUGUGGGUCAGCAGGCACGGGACGCUUUGCUUUUCAUCAUGUCUCUCUCUGCCGAGAACAGCAUGGUGGCCCAUCACAUCGUGGAGAACACCUACUUUUGUCCUGUGCUUGCAACUGGGCUCAGUGGUCUCUACUCUUCUCUGCCUACAAAGCUAGAAGAGAAAGGCGAGGAGUGGCACUGCCUUCUGAAAGAUGACUGGCUCCUACUCCCCUCUCUCGUCCAGUUCAUGAACUCCCUGGAGUUUUGCAACGCCGUCAUACAGGUGGCUCAUCCUUUGAUUCGUAACCAGCUUGUAAAUUAUAUUUACAAUGGGUUCUUGGUACCAGUCUUGGCUCCUGCUCUCCACAAGGUGACUGUGGAGGAGGUCAUGACCACAACUGCCUACUUGGACCUGUUUCUGCGUAGCAUCUCCGAGCCAGCACUACUUGAGAUCUUCCUCCGUUUUAUCCUGUUGCACCAGCACGAGAAUGUUCACAUCCUAGACACUCUCACCAGUCGAAUCAACACCCCAUUUCGGCUCUGUGUGGUGUCCCUGGCAUUAUUUAGGACUCUCAUCGGUUUACACUGUGAGGACGUGAUGUUACAACUAGUUCUGAGGUACCUGAUCCCUUGCAACCACAUGAUGCUGAGUCAGAGGUGGGCUGUGAAGGAGAGAGACUGCUACUCGGUGUCUGCGGCCAAGCUGCUCGCCCUGACCCCAGUCUGCUGCUCCAGCGGGAUCACCCUGACGCUUGGGAACCAAGAGAGGGAUUAUAUCCUCUGGUCAAAGUGUACGCACGAUAGUUCAGGGCCCCUGGAGCAGCCGCUGCCCGAGGCGUCCUCCCCAUCGGCCUGCAUCGUGGAGUACGGCAAAGCCCUGGACAUCAGCUACCUGCAGUACCUCUGGGAGGCCCACGCCAACAUCCUCCACUGCAUGAGGGACUGCCGGGUCUGGUCCGCCCUCUACGACGGAGACUCCCCGGACCCUGACACCUUCCUCCAGAGUCUGACGGAGGAGAGCACCACCAGCCCCGCCUGCCCCGCGCUCAGGCUCAGGCUUCCCCAGCAGCUCCCCAGGGAGACGGGGCCUCAGCUGCCUCCCAGAAGGGACAGGGGCCACACGGAACUGGAGUGGGACGACAGCUAUGACACCGGGAUCUCCUCGGGGGCCGAUCUGGAGAAUCCUGGGCCGCCGGCGCCCAUCGAGCCCCCCAAACACAUCCAGGAGAUGAAGAAGAACGCCAUCCUGCGCUUCAAAGGGUCGUACAUCGAGGAGUCCGACUUUCAGGACGACGUGAUGGUGUACAGGUUGUGUGCGGAGAAGGACGCCGAGGACACCAGAGAGUCACAGGAGGAGCCUGUGAGGCCCCCGGCCCAGAGCCAGACCGAGGGGCAGAGUCCCCCCACGAACAACGGCCCCCUGCCCAGCCCUCAGCCAGAGACAGACUCCGAGGAGGAGCAGCACAGGGACAACUCAGACGUGGUUCCCAAUGUGUCCGCGGAGCCACCACCAGAGAAGGGACCCCCGGUGGCCCCGGAAUCAAACUCAGAGGCAGCACCCCCUGUCUCCGAGGCAGAGCACGGUGCGGACCCGACGGCGGUUGACCCGGAGGGUGAAGAUUUCAUUGCCCAGUACGACCAGAUCAUUAAAGAACUGGACUCUGGCACCCAGGGCUUGAUGGGGCAGAAUUCCUCUUCCCAGGGUCCUGAUUCCUUGCUCCUCCCAGAAGAGCAAGAGGGGAAGGAAGAGAGCAAAGGAGAGCAGGAGGAGGAGGAGGGGAAGAAGGGCCUGGAGGAGGAGGAGGAGGAUGACUUUGACUCUCUGAUGGCGGAAGCUCCUGCCGAAGAGACCGUGCCCUCCCCCUUUGGGGUGAGAGAGGAGGCUGACUGUGCCAGUCGCCGUCCCGUGAGGACUCAGAGCGCCCCGUUCACAGGUCCGUUCAUCAGCGUGGUCCUGUCGAAGCUGGAGAACAUGCUGGAGAACUCUUUGCACGUUAAUUUGCUGCUCAUCGGGAUCAUUACGCAGCUGGCCAGCUACCCGCAGCCACUCCUGCGCUCCUUUCUGCUCAACACCAACAUGGUCUUCCAGCCAAGCGUCCGCUCUCUCUACCAGGUCCUAGCAUCUGUGAAAAACAAGAUUGAACAGUUUGCUUCUAUGGAGAGAGACUUCCCAGGGCUCCUCAUACAAGCCCAGCAAUACCUGCUCUUCCGAGUGGACAUGUCCGACGUGACAGCUGAGUCGCUAACCAAAGAUCCCACUCAGGAUGCUUCCAGGACGGGAGCUGGCAGGAGCCUUCUGGAUGGUCCCCCAAGAGUGCUCCAGCCCUUCCUGACAAGCAGAGCCGCGGUGGCGGGGGUGCCGCCAAGCCUGCCCCUGCCGGUGAGGAACACCAUGCUGGCCGCGGCCCUCUUCCCCGAGUUCCUGAAGGAACUGGCUGCCUUGGCCCAGGAACACUCCGUUCUCUGCUACAAGAUCCUGGGGGACUUUGAGGACUCCUAUUGUUAGCUUUUUUUUUUUUUAAAUAGAGGUUCUUGUUUUUUAAGGUUUUAGUGUCUUGACUGAAUGUUAAAUGCAAAGCUGCUUACAAAGAUUUCUACUUUGAUGUUUCCUGACAAUACUUGAUUUGUGGGGAGGGGACCUUCUGGGCCCCUCCUCUCUCUCUUGCUGGGCCUUCCCACCCUGCGUCAUACAGAAUGUAAGUCUCAUAAGCUGGCUGCUCCUUGGGCGGGUUUUCUUUGCUCAGUUUUCCUCCUCAAAUAUUUUGGUUGUUAUUCUCUCAUCCCUUUGAGUCGACUCAUCUUGCAGCGUAGAGCACACCAAGCGAAUAUGGGGGUUCAGUGACUUCUGGAAGUACCCCUUAUCAGGUCGGCUCUUCAGUGGCACGUGAAGAAAGCACACCUGUUCCUGUUGCCUUCUGCAUUUUGGCUUCCGUUUCAUCAAAGGGAAGAAUAAAAAUGGAGCCUCCA